CUCUCGACGCUCAAUCUCCAUUCAAAUUGUCAAAGAGAUAGUGAGGAGAGUACUCAGUCAAAUGCUCACAAGGGGACUCGGGAGAUAACGAGGAAACACACAUUUUUGGCGUUUGGAAUGUUGUCAUGGGGAGGCUGAAGAGGUUCAAAAUCGGGCUGCACUUUUUUCAAUGAGUAUUGAAUUUGUAUUCAUCUUCCGUCAUCAUCAUCAUCGUCAUCAUGAGGAAUAUGUGCUCAUUCCUGCUGCUGGUGGUCCUCACCUUCACAAGCCUCACUCAAAGCUUCAAACCAUUCUCAGUGCCGGAUAGUAUCUCCAUGACUCACCGUGACAUUACUGAAAGGGCAAUUCUCCAAAAGACAGCCGAGGUCUGCCGAUAUCUUGCUGCUGCAGAGAAACGGGACUUCAAUCUGAGUAUUGAUGACAAACUAACAAUUGAACAAGUUCAUGAGGCGUGCUCCUCCUACUCCUCAGAUACUUCAGACUUAAUGCUGUCCAGUCACUUGUUCACAGAAUCCCUUUGGAAUAUGCACUUCCGUAAUGGACUUGUGGAUUCAGACUUUUUACUCAUUGCAGCGCGCCAUUUUGAUAACGAGGCAUUCGGGGAAGGACGGAACAUAAUCACACAAGGUGUGUUUAAUGUGAAGGCCAAUGUGAGAACGGAUAACUUCAUGACAGGGCGGUUGAGCCUUGGAUAUAUAUUUCAUACUCUCCAGGACUUCUACAGCCACAGCAACUGGGUGGAGUUGGGAAACACGGCACCUUAUAAAGUUUUGGUUGAACCUGACCAACCCCUUGAGAAUCUGGCAGGGCCAUUAAUGCCCACCUGUAGAAACUGUAAUGGAGACAACUGUGAUGACAACCUUGUGUCUAAUGUGCUACUGCUGAAGCGUCUCACCUCAGGCUACUUCAGCCCCUUCUCCUCAGAAAAGCCACGAGGUAAAUGCAGCCAUGGAGGUGAUUUCGACCUGACGAGUUUACGUGACCCAGUGGGAGGCAUCAAUAAGGAGCACGUUAAAUCUAGGCAUGGCUCACUUCACUUUCAAGCAGCCAAUUUGGCUGGGAAUGCUACAAUGCAACUUCUGGAGGACAUCAGAUUAGCUGGAGGAGAAAAGAACUUUCUACGACUGAUGGGCCUCUCCCAGUCCUCUGCGCUGUGUUUUGUCAUCGACACCACACGCAGUAUGGGUGCAGAAAUAAACGAAGCCAGGAGAUUCACUUUUGAACUCAUCGACCGCAGGAAUGGAACCCUACUGGAGCCGUCGGCCUACAUAUUGGUUCCUUUCAAUGAUCCAGAUGUUGGACCUCCAAUCAUGACAACCGAUGCAGACACAAUCAAAGAAGGGCUCAAUAAACUGACUCCUAAUGGAGGAGGUGACAACCCAGAGAUGAGCUUGUCUGGACUGCAGCUUGCCCUUACCAUGGCUCCAUCCUCAACUGAAAUAUUUGUCUUCACUGAUGCAUCAGCAAAAGACGUUCAUUUAAAGAGCACCAUCACUGCUCUUAUUGAGAGCACCAAGUCUGUGGUAACAUUCUUGCUGACAGAAACACUAUCCAGUCGGCGCAAAAGAGUGGUGACCCCAGAAGGUGCUCAGCUUUACCGUGACCUUGCCAGAGCAUCUGGUGGUCAGACCAUUGAGGUCAGCAAGCGAGAUCUCCCCAUGGUUACAAACGUUAUAGAGGAUUCCACAGGCAGUGCAACGGUAACAGUUUUUCAAGAAAUGAGCAGCCAGACCGAAACAUUCUCAUUUACCCUUGAUAGCUCACUAAGGAACAUAAUUAUCUCCAUCACGGGGGAAUCAUCUCUCACUUUUAUUCUGACCAGCUCCACAGGAGUAUCUCAGAAUUCCGGUGAGUCCAGUGGCUCUCUGGCGUCUUCGACCUCGACGGGUAAUCUACGACGAUUGAGGCUCAACAAUAUCAAUGAAACAGGACUGUGGGAAAUCCGUAUUGUCUCUAAUGAUCAAUACUCGGUUAAGGUUACAGGUCAAAGUCCAGUGAACUUUAUUUACUACCAUGUGGAAGAAAGUGAAGCACCCGUUGCAGACUUCUUUCUGAAGGAGGCACGUCCUAUUACAGGGGGUAAUGCCACUAUCUUUGUCACAGCAACAGGAAGUGACAGGGUAAACGUAACAGAGGUCACACUGUAUGACAGCUCGGGCCCAACAGCGGUCAACGGAAUAUUGCAGGCAUUAGGAACAACUGGCUUCUUGGUGAAAUUCAAUGAAAUUCCAGCAGGAGAUUUUGUGGUUCGAUUGAAAGGAGGGGGCAGCGACUCAUCCUCACAGUCAACUCCAAGCAUGUUCCAAAGGCAGGCCCACACUCGAAUCAGGACUUCGAACAUCACUGUGAUUGCUCAAGUCAACAUCACCAACAUAGAACCAGGCUCAAACGUCUCUAUCCCUUUCACUGUCAUCAUAAUGACCGGAGGAGUCCCUGACGAGACUACAAACGGGACAUUCACGAUCCGUGCUUUCAACAACCGCAACUUUAUUUCGUCAUCGCCAAUGUCUCUCACCGUAGAAGCAGACAGCGGCGGGAAAGCCAACGACACUGUGACCCUAACCGCUCCUGCAAAUGUAACAUUGGGAACUGACCUGACGCUUACGAUUGUGGCGGAAAAUGAAGAUGCAACCGAUCUCAACUUUGCUGUCCUUCGGUUUUCAGUUGGUGCUGAGGUGGAUGAUUUGACCAGGCCAGUGUGCCAGGUUGUCCGUAAAUUUGCCAAUUGCCCAGCCGAUUUGUCACGCUGUGGCUCUUCUCAGUGGAUGUGGGUUGUCCAAGUGACCGACGGAGUCGAUGGGACGGGAAUUGACAGCAUCGUUAUCCGCGAAGGGACGGGCAUGCUUCGUACGAGAACUUUGGUGGGGGAAGGGGGCGAAAUCAUCACCGAGGCCUCCUACCAGGCCUCCUGCUGUGAAGACAGAGUGGAGCUGUCUGUUCGAGACAACGUGGGAAAUGUGGCUCUUUGCAUGGGCCGGGUGAGCGAUGUUCUCCCUCCGAUGUGCCAGGAGGUCAGCACAUCCACCUGUCCAUCCUCUUCAUCGCCUUGCAACUCCUCUCAGUGGGUGUUUGUGGUCAAUGUGAGUGACGGCAUCAAUGGAGUGGGCGUCGACAACGUCACCAUUCGUGCAGGCAACGGCACCCUCAACACAUCCACAGUGGUCAGGCCAGGGGGCGAGAACAUCACCGUGGCCUCCUACCAGGCCUCCUGCUGUGAAAGUAGAGUGGAUCUGUCUGCUAUGGACAAGGCCGGAAAUGAGGUCAUUUGCAUAGGCCAGCCUAUCCGAGAAUCCACCACAGUUGCACCUUUGACGACAACAACUAACAUUUUCACAGGCAAUGGAGGGCCCGCAUUUCGCACGUCAUAUUGUCUCUGGAUAAUUCUUGCCUCACUCGCACUUUGGAAAUGAAACUAAUUGCAGUGUUCCCACACGAUUUGCAUACCGUAAAAGGGCUUAUAAUUGCUUGCAGAUGGUGUUAAGUCACUACUUGAUGGUCCUCAGCUCACGUCAAUAUAAUUUCUAUGCACUAAUGUACUACAAGAUGGCGGCAAAACAAUGUUUAACGAGACAGCGCUUUGGUCUGAGCACGAAACAGCCGAUAGGGGAAUUGAUUUUUUCUUUUUCCAGCAAAUAACAGAGAAUAGAGUAUCCCCCCCCUCCCCCAAAUAAGUGGAAAGGUGUGGGAACACUGUAUAUCAGUUGGAAGAAACAUAUCUGGUACUUUGAGCAUUUGUAUCUAGUUAUUUAUGGAUAUAGGUGUAUGCAGUUACAGUUGAGUUAGUUUGUCUAUCAGGAAAUCAAAUUAUCCGAUACUGUGUUUUGAUUUAGUGUGUAAAAGUACAUUGUAAUAGCAGUAGUUCUAGUCAAGUUGUGAAAGUGUAACUUUAACCAACGCAUGGAUUAUGGAAUGAAUAGACACAUUAGAACUAACGACUCUGAUAAAUUAUGACGAUGUUGAUGAUGAUUUUAGUGGGGGGGUGGACCAUUUAGAGAUUGUAUGAGAAAUAAGUUUAAGAUCAAAAUAUGAAUAUAGCAUUAUAAAUGGCAAGCAGCAUCACAACCUCACAAAGGAACCUCAGUGCGCCUGCGGCUCUGCGGAUUGGAAAGGGGUGGCGGCUGCCACCUCCACUGAACGCUUUGCCACUCCAGUUGACACCUCUACUGUUGUCAAUGAAUCAAUCAAUGAUGAAUUAACACAUCCAUUCCCAAACCA